CCAGCUGUUGUUGUCAGCGGAAGCAGCAGAGAAGCUAACACGGGAGUCUGCAGUUAACAGCUAGAGAUCGGUGUAUUGAUGCUGAGCUGUUGUUCUAAUCACAUUUGUGAUGAUAACAGUUUUAUAGAACAGGUCUGAUGCGAUUAUAAAUGCGAUUUAAAAGAAUUUGACUGUAUCACAUUUUGAAGUGGGGAAGUCUGAAAAGAAGAAGGAGUCAGUGUCGCGAGAGUAAUGUCGGCCAAAAUAAACGCAAGUAAGAGCAAAGACUGCGGGGAAGUAAUAAAAAACUACCACAAGCAGGCGUUUGAGAACAUAUCGAAGGCUCUAAGGAUCGAUGAGGAUGAUACAGGUGAAAAGGAGGAGGCUGUGCAGUGGUACAAGAAAGGUAUAGCCGAGCUAGAAAAGGGGAUCGCUGUGGAGAUCACGCUACAAGCAGGAGAUCAGUAUGACCGAGCAAAGAGACUACAAGAUAAAAUGGUCAACAAUCUCACCAUGGCAAAUGACAGGCUUGCUCUGUUAGAGGCAACACUGGCGUCUAAAUGUAGAUAUGAACCCAAGAAGCCCUCGAAUCAUGUUCUUCAACAGCCAAAGCCUGUUCCUAAAAGCCAGCCUGGAGUGUCCGCUAACACCAGGCCCUCCAGUGCUGUCAGACCCCCGUCUAGAUCCACUGAUGCAAAGGUGACCCCAAGGGUGGGAAGAGCUCAAAAUGGAAAACCCACAGCCGUGAAACAGCCGCCAAAGAGGGAUUUGAAAAACUUCAAGAAUGUGGACAGCAAACUGGCCAACUUGAUUCUAAAUGAAAUUGUAGACAGCGGAGCGUCUGUAUCAUUUGAAGACAUCGCGGGACAGGAUCUGGCCAAGCAAGCACUCCAAGAGAUUGUCAUCCUCCCUGCCUUAAGACCAGAGCUCUUUACUGGCCUGAGAUCUCCAGCACGUGGUUUGCUUGUAUUUGGUCCACCUGGAAAUGGGAAAACCAUGUUGGCCAAAGCAGUCGCCGCUGAGUCAAAUGCCACAUUCUUCAACAUCAGCGCCGCCAGUUUGACCUCUAAAUAUGUGGGAGAAGGCGAGAAGCUUGUUCGAGCACUUUUUGCAGUUGCCAGAGAAUUACAGCCCUCUGUCAUCUUUAUUGAUGAAGUGGACAGUUUGCUUUGUGAACGGCGGGAGGGAGAACACGAUGCCUCUCGCCGAUUAAAAACUGAGUUCCUCGUUGAGUUUGAUGGGGUGCAGUCAGGAGGGGAUGAUAGGGUACUUGUAAUGGGAGCAACCAACAGGCCUCAGGAGCUUGAUGAAGCAGUGCUAAGGCGAUUUGCAAAGAGGAUUUAUGUGGCACUGCCAGAUGAACAGACAAGGUUCACGCUGCUGAAGAACCUUCUGGGAAAGCAUGGGAAUCCUCUGAGCAAAAAUGAGCUGUCCUGUCUUGCAAAAAAAACUGCAGGAUAUUCAGGCAGUGAUCUGACGUCAUUAGCCAAAGAUGCUGCUCUGGGGCCAAUUAGAGAGUUGGGACCAGACCAAGUCCGAUCUAUGGCUGCAAAUGAGAUGCGAAACAUCAAGAUGAGAGAUUUUGAGGAUUCCCUGAAGCGCAUCAAACCCAGUGUUAGCCCAACCACU